AUGACCGAGACUGAAACACCUACAAAUCUUGUAACAAAUGGAACCAAAGAUAUCACAAGAGACUUUGAAAAAUUUCAUGCCAGAAUACAUGCAGCCAUUGAAAAAAAUAUGGAAUCUCCAAUACUUGGUCCAAAAACACCUAGCACAGGUUCUAUACCGAGCAUUAAGUUUGAACCUAAAGAAUUCGAUGAAAUAGGUUCAUUGGAUAAUGGCACAUGUACACCCGCUAAUUCAGCAAUUGAUGCUUAUGAAAAUGGAAGAUCAGAAAGUGAAGAUAAUUUAGAAGAAUGUUAUUGCCAAGGCUUAAGCAUUACUCCUGGAACAGCUACUUGUAAUAAAUGUGAGAGAGUUAUACCUAUAUUGGCAGAUUUACAUAAGCAAAAUUUACAGCAACGUGAUGAUUUAGAAAUCGCUAAUAAUAAAAUAAAAGAAGAAUUUGACAAAGUAGAAAGCCAACACGAUGAAAUUGAGCAAUUACGUAAAAUGAUUGAAAAAUUGGAAGAUCAAAUUGAUGAAAAAACUGAUGAUUAUAAUGCUAAGACUGAUGAAUUUAAUGCUUUACAAAAAGAUAUGGCCAUAUUAAAUGAAAAAUAUGUUGAUGAGAUUGAUAAGGUUGCAGAAUUACAACAUUCUAAAGAUAUGGUUGAAGGUGAAUUGGAAGAAUUAAGCAGAAGUUUAUUUGAACAAGCUAAUGGAAUGGUUGAAACGGCUGCAAGGGAAAGAUAUUAUUUAGAAAUUCAACAAAAAGCGUUAGAAAAACAACUUAAGGAAACGAAAGAACGUCUAAUGGCUGAAAGUUCUCAACUUAAAGAAUUGAGAGAAAAAAUGGAACAAUUAGUGCAAAAUCAACCACAAUCAGAAAGUAGAAGAUCAAGUUCAAGCGAUCCUUCUUUCAGAGCAAGCAUUGAUUUUGCUGAAUUAUUUGGAUUACGUGAAAGGUCUCCUGAUGCUGCUGCUACUUUACCCGCUCCUACGGGUGUUGAUGGAAUUGGUAUUGAUAAUGAAUUAAUUAUAGAAUUUCAAGAAUUCGUUGAACAAAGUCCAUCUGUGAAACUUCAAAAAAUUCACUCGAUUCCAUUCAUGCGUCAUAGUUUAGAAGAAGAUGUGGAUCCUUGUAUGAGAUUUGGAAGUAAUCCUCGUGUUUCUUCCCGUAGGAUAGUUGAAGCUAUUGUUGCAAAUACUUGUUUUAUUGAAGAAUCUCCACCCGGUGCCGAAAAAGAACUAGCUUUACAUACAAAUUUUCCUGUUCGUAACUCUGCUUCAAAGCCAAUGUUAUGGGAACGACUUGCAGGAAAUGCAGCUUUUCCUAGAACAGGCUGUCAAUGUUGUGGCAGAGUUGGUCCUUUACCUUUUAUGUACCGUAUUACGAAUUUAGACGAUUGGUCUUUAAUCGAUCGUUAUUGUCGUGAUAGAUUGGUGGCUGUUUGUGAAUUUUAUGUAUUUAUCCGUAACAUUCGUCAAGGCCUAUAUAAUAAUAGGCCAAUUGUUGACCUUUAUGCUGAAUGUUUAAGGUUACGUUUACAAAUGUUUUAUGCAAGGUUAGGAGCAUUACCUUCUAUGUUAAACACACUUGGAAUUAAAAGUUCCGAAUUAGCUUCCGCGAAGAAACCUUCAAGAACACCUUCUGAGGUGGGAGAAAAUCUAUCAAGUCAAAACGAUGAUGAACUUGAAAUAACGAUGGUUGAGGAACCAGAAUUUACUUUAAAAGUUCCUGCUCCUCCACCACCACGGGAAUCAAGUCUUUUGAACUUAACCACACCGCCCGGUACACCGGCUGAAUAUACAAAAAAUGAUUUAAAUGGAACGGAACCAGAUGAUUAA